AUGAAAAAUCAGGAAUUAAGGAAAAUUCUAGGUAUAGGCGCAGUGCUUCUUGCUUUCUUUAUCGCAGAGUGCGAGGGAAGCGGGGAUGUGUGCGGUAAGGAUGGUCUUAGCGUUGAUAAACUGUCUAUAGGAGGGAAAAGAAAAGCAUGCGAAAUAAGCAACCCAACGAGUGCAGCGAGCCAUAUGCCUCCAUCAGUAGCUAAAAAGCAGAAAAAAGAAAAAAGAUCUUUGAAAGAAGUGUUUGAUAUUAUCUGCGAGCAGAAAACAGUUGAAAACACAGAAGGUAGUGAUGAUAAUGAAGAAGAUAGUGAUCAUGUUCAAGAUGGUAAUGAUAAUGAAGGUAGUAACCAUGGUGAAGACGGCGAUGAUGAAAGAUCAGUCCAAGACAACCAUAAACAGGUCUCUCAGCCUGCAGGGACAAGACGCAGACAGAGAAUAAGAAAAGUAGAAAACAAUGGAAUUAGCCUGUGGAACAACAGAAGAUUAGACAGCAAAAGGAGAAAAGGGUACAAAAUAACACAUCAGACAAUAUAUAACCACCAAAACACUGAACAGUACAUACUGGCUGAUGUGAAUGUUGUAGCGUACCAAGAAAAGCUGAAAAAUAAAAUUAAAGAGUUUUCCGCACAAAUUGCCUCAUCUGUAAAAAAGAGUCCAAUGUGGUUUUUCGUUGCAAGCGAGGCUGUGAACAUAAAUAAUAAGUACAAACUUCUCUUUGGGAUGAAAGAGCUGUUUAAAACUGCGGAAGGAGAUGCGUAUAAGAAAAUGGUGGAGAGCUUAGAGGGAUACUACCCCGAUGUGAUUGGUGACAUGAUAGAGUAUGUGCAUAAACACCAUCCGCUGAGGCUCAGUAAAAGAAACCCCAAUGUGAAUGUGUGGAAGGAAACUUUGGGCGACAUUUAUCUGCGAAGAGAAGAAGAUCUAAAUUUCUGCAUCCUGGACAAACAGGAAGAGAUCAGCAAGAUUGACGAGAGGUGCCGUGAGACAGCGCUUGCCUUGCAGAUGAUUCUGAUGUUGCCCGAGGUGUACCAAGACUUUUCUGCAAUAAACAUAAACCAAAUAUACAAGAUAAAAACAGCGCCUGCUGACUUAUCUGAAAACACAAAAAACGAAAAUGUUCUCUUAGCCUUCUGCAGAAUAGCUAAAAAGAUCAGCAAUAACAAAGAGCAAACUAACAGUAUGUACAUGGAGCUGUACAGCUGCCUUUCAGAGAUACACAGCAGAGAAAAAAUGCUAGAACUAAAAGCUGCGGAUCUGUACAGAGAGAUAUACACAAUCAUUGGGAGGUUCUAUGAACAGGCAUACAUUUUUGACGAAAACAAUACUAUUCUAACGGGUAAGUGCAUGAUAACGAACCAGAAGUACAGAAAAUGCGAAAUAGAAGUAGAACUAUCAUCAGAAGAGGUGGACAAAAGAGUUCAAAGGCCAAACUAUUCAUUUGAGGAGAACAGAUGGACUGUUUCACCUGAUGUGCACGAGCACUACCACGUGUACUAUGUGGACAAUGCAACAAACCAGCUCAGACUGCUGUGCAUGCCCGUAUACAAAGAUGUCUGUGGACGGAAGCACUAUUUACACACAAUUAAUGACAUAGUAGAUCAUAUAAAAAAUUUGUAUGAAAUGAAAAUAGAGCUAGACCACAUACACCCCUUUAAGCUGAAAAAACAAACUAGAAACUGGUCGUAUGUCAAGAAGAAAGAGAGAAACAAAACAAUAAAAGACCUGGAAGAGUAUGAGAUAGUGUUCUAUCGCAUCGAGGAAGAUCUAAAAAAAAAGUUUACUUUUGCAGAGUUCAGGCAUUUAGAUUCUGCUGCAAAUGAUGACACGCUUAUUCCCCUCUUCCUUACUUCUCUAAUGAGGUCUGCUGUAGACCUCGGGCCGUUCAAAAAGAAAGAAGAGCACACUGAGCUGAAUUCCAUAGAGUUUGAAAACACAGAGCCCAGCGUGUACAUCUACGACAGAGAGUAUGCAAGAGAAGAAUAUUCAGAUGUUCAGAGUUACUACAGGAAUCUACACAUAUUACCGGAUAUAGAAAAGGGCGGUAAUGUAGAUUGCUAUAUAAUGGGCUUGCAGACAGACAGACAGCCAGAUAGUACUGUUAAGGCAGCAUGGUAUGUAAAAAUGCCCUCUAGUGUCGAUGAGUACACGCACUGUGUGCUUGGCAAAGCCUUCAAAGGAAAAGAAAACUCUAGAAAGCUCGAUGCAUUUAUUGCAGCUCUAGAGUCGAGAAAGUGCUGUAAAGAUAGCGAGCUGCAGGCCGUUUGGCUGCAAAACAAUAGCAUACUAGAGAACGGUGAUCCGACAGAAAAGAAGCCUGUGAUAAACAUCUGGCUGCCUAGCAGACACUGCGAAGAAAGAAUAGCAAAGAAAAAUGUAACAGAGAUCAAGUAUUCUCUCAGAAAGACAAAAGAUAGAUUGAUAGUGGCAAAAAAGAUAGUAAGCGAGUUGGGAAGCUCUAACAAGUACGCCGACACGCCAGAGCUGCUGAGAAAAAAGAACACAAAGCGAACUACAAAGAGCAAACUGAAAGUUAAGCUAGACAAUCUAUAUAAACAGCUAUACAUAAAAAUAUCUAGGAAGCCCAGCCCACAGACAGAGCUCAUAGUUUUUCGAAAUGCCAACAGCAGCAAAUCCAACCUGGGAGCACACAACGAAAUUCUUGAUGCUUUUAUCUCGUGCUACAGGUGUUCAAGGGAUAUCAGCAACAAAUAA